GCCCUCUAUUUCCCCCCACCAUUAUAUAUAACAAAACCAACUGCCAUUUGUCUUUCUUCACGCAGUUGUACGCACACGCAUAUCUCUAUCAGCCGCUUAAUUUUCCCCUGUAAAAAACUAUAAACAUGAGCCGACACCCUGCUGUCAAGUGGGCCCAGAGGUCCGACAAGCUGUUUAUCACGGUGGAGUUGCCGGAUGCCAAGAAUGUGAAGCUGAAACUGGAACCAGAAGGAAAAUUCUUCUUUUCUGCAACUGCAGGAGCUGAUAAUGUACCGUAUGAAGUGGAUCUCGAUCUCUUUGAUAAAAUUAAUGUUGAUGAGAGCAAAACUAGUACUACUUCUAGAAGUAUCGUGUAUCUUGUGAAGAAGGCAGAAGACAAGUGGUGGAGCAGACUGAUAAAGCAGGAAGGUGUACGUCCAGUGUUUUUGAAAGUUGACUGGGACAAAUGGGUUGAUGAAGAUGAAGAGGACACUAAAUCUGAGACGGAUAUGGAUUUUGGUGAUAUUGACUUUUCGAAACUCAACAUGGGAGGCGGUCCUAGUGAUUUUGAUGCUGAUGUGCCUGAGGGAGACGAUGACAGUGACACCGAGGAAGAAGAAGUCAGGGAGGAGGAAAAUAGUGCACAUAAUGAACCUGAAGCAGCAGUGCCUCCAAGCACAGAACCCGAAGCAAAAUCUUGAUGCGUUUGUAAUAUCUGAAAAGCGUUUUAACUGCUUGAGUUUUACUGUAGUGCUGUUGGUUAUGGUUAGAGCAGUAAGGAUCAGGCGUUCCCUAUUAUUGACUUGUUACCAUGUAUCUCUUGUCAUUUGGUUACGUAAAUCUUCUUGUCUGUGUCUUCUGAAGGAUUUCGUUUUAAAGCGAAAAUCAUUCGAGGUUGAGAUGUCCUAGUGGAAUGAUCUGUGUGCAUGUAUGGCCUUAAGGAUUUGCUUCUUCCGGAUGAUUUGCAGGUCAUUUGGCAACUUUAUUGGAGUCCGAUUCCAAGCUGCGAAUGUGACACAGAAUACUUUUAUCAAACUCAUCGCUUUGCACUGGA